ACAGAAAUGCAUAAUUCAAACAACCAUCAAAUUGUACUCUAUACCUACUACUAGUACUCGUAUACCACAUUCAUACCCACCUAGCUCUCAUAGCAAUGGCACCUUCAGAGUACUUCAUCAGACUACAGAAGGGUAUCGAAGGCGGUUUCGCACCUCCUACUCCAUCUGCAAUUCUAAAAUUGGUCAAAAGCGCUGACGACUCCAAUAUCAUCAUCAACGAAUCUAUCCGUCCAGAUGGCGAACCGGGCAUGGAACGGAAACCUCAGAAAACCCUCGACUCGUCGGAUGAAGAGGUCCAGGAUCUGGUAACUGAGCUCUAUGAGAUUCUGCAAACCUUGCCAUUGGAGAGUCCGCCGGGGUCGGAGGACAUUUAUCGAAGGGAUACGUCUAUUACGUGGGGUAGUGAUGAUUUUGAGUGGUGUAAUGGCGGACCGCAGGGGUGUACGCGAGAGGAGAGUGAUGUACAUCCUUCUGAGGCGGAGCAGAGUAAGUUCGUGAGGGCUAUUGAUAUUGUGAGGGAGUUGGUUGGGAUGGGGACUCCCUGAGGGAAUGAUAAGAGACGUUUUCUAUGGGGGUUAUGGGUGGAUAUCGUCGAGUUUGGUGAUCAUCGCUAGCUUAUUACUCGGUGGUAGUCGGUGGUGCGUGGCAAGAUCGGUGGAUGGUAGGGAUAUUUCGCCUGGCUUGGUAGUAUCACAGUGCCCUGCCCUACGGGGAUUGUUGGAUAUUGUAGAGAUUUGACAUUAUGGACGGCCCUCUUUAACUACAUGAAUUGCAUUUUGGAUCAUGUGAUAA